GUAUGCAUAGUUAUUAGUUAAUGAUAGAGUGAGCAAAACCCUCCAAAACCCUUGUACUUCAUUCACUCAUCUGCAGAAAUAUUGCGAGUGCAAAGAUCAGAUCAAAGACAUGGUGAAGAAGCCAUGGAGAAUCAUUCCCAGACCCCUUGAAACAAUCCUUAACAACCACGCACAGCACCAUCGCGUCCCCCAGCCUCUCAUCCUCCACGGCCCCAGAGGCGUCGGAAAAACAACCCUCCUCCUCGACCGUUUGCUCACUGACUGGAACAAAGCUCCUCAUUUCACCGGCUACGUCGACUUUGCGCAAUCUGUUGAAGGCCAGUUCCCGUGGGCGUCGUGGUCCAGCUGUCCGCCGCCUUCUAUCUCCGACUGCCGGAAAAGCCUCGAACAAUGCCUUGAGUCCAUGGCUGAAAGAGGUGUCCGGAUGGGCACCAUCACCGCUCAGCAGGUAUUUGCCACUCUCAGCAAAUGGCACGGCCUCACCGGGGCUCUCCGCACCGUGUUGCUCGCCGGCGGCAGUGCUUCGAAGUCCCCUGUCCCUAACAACAGGGUGGCCUCACCCGCAGUGCUGUGGGACCGGGCGAUCUUUGCAAUGUCCGCUCGCUGCGAUGCUGCCGAGAUCGACAGAAUUUUAAGGUUCGGGGAGAAGGAGAAGGUUUCCUUGUCUGUGGAAGAGGCUUCUUAUUUCAAGGAGGCGGUUGUGGCGCUGAAGCUGGCGAAGAAGGUGAUCGAGGUUCAGCAAGGGUGGAGGGCUAAUGCCAUUGCUCAUAUGAACCGGACUGGCGUGUUCUCAAGGAGUUUGACGCAUUCUUCCACUGAUUGGCCUUGUUUGUUGUUGGAGCUGUUAUCACAAGCUGCUGAAGUGGACCAUUUCCAGCCGAAGUUAGUUCUUAAUAAUAUCGAAGUUUUAAAGCAUGCUACUGUAAAUGAUGAUAUAUCAGUUAGCGGACCACUGUAUCAUGAUAGUCUGAUAUGGCGUAUAAUUGCUUUGGGUGCGAAUGAGCGAAUGCUGCCUGUGAUCUUGGUGACAUCUGACAGCUACUAUUCAUAUGAAGCAUUCUUGGAGUUCGGAUAUAAGGAUAUAUUCAUAUCACGCGAGACCUUUGGAUGGACUCCACAGGAAGCUAAAAUGCAUAUGGUCCCUGAUUAUUUCAGUCAUAAAGAAUGGAAUGUAAUUGCUGAGGUACUUGGGCCAAACCCUCGACAUCUCUUUGAGCUUUAUGCACUUAAGCAAAGUAAAUAUUACCAAAAGAUAACGGAAGACAAGGCUAGUACUUUUGAGGAUAUUGUAGAUGCAUAUUUAGCGUAUUUGCAAAUUACCGUCCUGAAUCCGGCGAUGGAUAGAGCAUUGGAGAUCUUGCAGAAGUUUGCGAUUGAUGUAUGCAAUGGAGAGGUUUCAAAAGACAGAUUACGUUUUGGUGCCCCUUGGAGGUGUCCACCACAAAUUGAUGAUCCUAUAUUGCGCAUGGAGUGGGCAAAGCUUCAGUUAAUGGAUUUCGUUCAAGCUCUUGUCAACACAGAAUUUGGGGUUAAUUACCGAAUAGAUUAUAGCGAAGAAAUAUUGGACGACCCGUCUGCUGUUGCAUUAUUGGAGGUUGGGUUGCUUUAUGCUCAACGGGAUCCGCCCUUCCUUCGUCCAAUAUCUAGAGGAAUUGAGAGGUGUAUAGUGAGAUGGUUUGUCCAGCAGCAGAUGCAGCUGAGGUUCCCCAACAAGAUUCAAUUUUUGUGCCACAGAAUAAUUCGUGGACGUUACUAUCGCCAUUUGAUGGUACAGCCAGGCAACAAAUACUAGAGCAUGGGCGUGGAGGUAGUCAAGGUAGCCAAAGGCGAAAGGUGCCCUUACGGCGUUGGGAGACCUACAGGGUCUGAAGCUAGAAGUGUCAAGGUGCAUGACUAAUUAAAGAAAGGCCCUUCAUAUGACGGAAAUUUUGAAGCAUAGAUUCUAAAAGUCCCCAGGAAAAUUCAUUGAGCAUGAACUAGAGGCAUUCUAUUCUAUUGAAUUUAUAGUUUAUUCCCUUUUGAAUGGGUAGUUACCCUUGAAAGUUCCCCAAUAAUAAAGCAAUAAAGCAAAUCAUUCAAGGAUAAGUAGAGGAGGAAAUCUGGGAACUGCUGUAUGUAUAUUAUUAGAUGAUGUUUUUUUUUUU